AACUUGCUGAUGACUGUGUUCUGAUAAGGAAAGCUGUCCUAAUUUAGCAGAAUAAAUGUAGCCGCCAUGGACCUGGUGAAAUUGAGGGACAAAUUCAUCUGGACAUGGAUACUUGCUGGAAUUUGUGUUUCUGUAAUUGUAACUGGACGUGGAUCCGAUGCUCAGAAUUACUUGCAUGAUCCUUACAUCGUGUCUCCAGAGAGAGUCCAGUACGGCAGUGAUGUCAACAUAACUUGCUAUAUUCUGUCUAUGGGCAAGUUCGUUUCGCAAAUCUAUUUCAUUUGGAGUGAAAAUGGUGAACGACUAACCCAUGGAGGAAACUAUGACAUGAACCGAGGGUCUGGAAUGCUUGCUAAUAGACGAUACUACACCAAUACUCUGACAGUUAAAACCACGAGGAUGACAGAUGAAGGAAAGAGAUACACGUGUCAGGUUCAAGUGGAAGUUGGAGCAUGGUCAUCGUCCUUAAGCACUGACGAGUACAUAUUUGGACAAGAAGUCUCAUCUACUACCACCACAACUGCAAGUGAAGGCGAGGAUGUCACCAUAUCCCUGACAGGGAGGGUGACGGUUGGUGUGAUGGGAUUUUGGUCUCCUAGUGGUGAACUCAUUGCCACCAUACAAUCUAUAUCUGUCUAUAUCUGACCAAACAGUCGAUCGAAAGUGAAGGUCAUCAGACUGUUCACUUCACCAUACCGGAAAACAGUUGAGUUGCUGAUCUGUAAUGUUACGAAGGAUGACGGUGGCCGUUAUUACUUCAGUGAUUACAAGCGAAGAUCAUUUCAUGGUGGCCACAACCUUGUUAUUGCUGAUCGUAAGAGUACACAGGUCUCAACUAGUAUUGUACCUUCCACUAUUGGUCAAACAAAACCUCAAACGGCGGCUCUAGCCUC